GCCAUUUUGAUUAAUCAUUGAAUGAAUCAAUUCAAUUAACAAUUAGUUAGGGAUUAUUUCAUACAUAUGCAGGAAUUCUAUAUUCGUACAAAUACAACUCAUUUCAGUUAACUUUUAAAUAUAUAAACUUAAAAUUAAAAUAUUGGCAGUUCGUGUUAAAUACGAGAUAGAAUGCAAAAAAUAAGAACUGUCAGAAUUAAGAGGAAGUGGAUUUUUUCGUCACUGGCAAAUUCUUUCAAAUCAUAGAUCGGAAAUUGUCAUUAUAUUAUAUUGGAAAAGAAGCGAACGAACCGAAUGUGUUAUAAUUGCACUUUGCUUACAUUGCAUGAAUGGCAGGAUAAUAUUUAAGCACACUCAAAGCGAUAUUCAAAUUUAUGGAAACGUUGGUCUGCAAAAAAAUAAUCAGAAAAAGCCAAACAUAGGUUGAAACCCCAAAAAUUUGGAAUAUGCAAUAAUGGAGCCGACGAGUAAUCUAGUUAAGUUGGAAAGCUGUGAUUUAGAAGCAGAGAUUGCCGUUCCCAACACAAUGCAUAACAAUCACUACGAACCCGAUCAAUCAAGUUACCAUAAUAACAACAAUAGACAAUAUGGAAAUUACCAAUCAUAUAUACACAACAUGCAAGAUGCCAACAGUAUUAAUAAGCAAAGGCAAAUCCCAGAGGAGGAACAUGUGGAUCAAAUUGCGGGAGGCAACAGUAUUAUUAAAUCUGAAACUGAAUAUAUCGCAAUGCAUGUCUCGGACCGUCCUGCCAAUAGUAGCACUCAGUUAAGUUAUGUGGAUGGAAGCAACGAAACAGAUUUGCAUACAAUGGAUUCAGAUGACAUACCCGUUAUAGUAAAUGGAAAAUAUUUCAGAAUCAUUGAAGAGAUGAACGCAACAGAGCAUCAGCGAGUAACUCGUGGCAUUGUAGCUGUAUGCCAGCAUUGUUCACGUGAAAAAGCAAGACCGAUUCAUGGCUCCAUGAGGAUAACUUCGAAUUUCGUACGGCAUUUAAAGACCCUUCAUCCUGAAAGGUAUGAAGAAUUUAUCAUUGAAAGGCAAAAUCAUUCACGCACACCGAGAGGGAGGCGGGGUCAUAAACGUAAAAUUAACCAACCGAAGGGACAGAAUGGGAACAAUUCGAGAACGGAAGGAUACAUGAUGGAUGACGAAAGUAACGCAUAUAGUCCAGAAGGUAAUUCCGCAUACUAUGAUGACACGCAGUUAUCGUCGGGGAAUAAUUUGUACAAUGCAGACAACACCGACAUGUAUUCCGCUGAAUCCAACGAUACGCACUUAUCGGAUGAAAGCAUGGAGAAAAAGGGGAGUUCGAAUUCCUGCCAAAUAGCAUGCGAUCCAAAUGAAAUACCCACGAUAUUAAAUGGCAAAUAUUUUAAAAUUAUUGAGCAGGACAUGCACAGCAAUCGGGCUUCCAUUAGCGUUGUAGCGGCCUGCCAAUUCUGCGAUGCUGAUAAGUUAGUAAAAGGCCCGCUCAAAGUCACUUCGAAUUUCGUACAACAUUUGCGUUCGCGCCAUUUUAAGGAGUAUAACAUGUAUUUGAAAGAAAAAUUCAACAGCAGUACAAGAUGUCGACGCUCACUCAAUAAGCAGCCGGCACCAUUACCUUUUAUAGAAAAAGUCUUGAAUUUCAUUUUGUUAUCUAAUGUUCCAGUUUCUGUUGUGGAAGAAUCAGCCUUCAUUGAACUUUUCCGCGGCACUGGCCAGACAAUGUGCUCCCGUGCACAGCUACUUGCCCGCUUAGAUGACACGCAUGCAUGCUUUGUGGAUAAUGUAAAACACAGCUUGCAGGAAGUACCGUAUAUUUGUGUCACCGCUGAUAUUUGGACCAGACAAAAUAAGCAGUAUUUUGGCUACUGCAGCUUUUGGUUGGAUAACGAAUUAAGACGACAAAUGGCGGUGUUGGCAUGUAUUAGGCUUAGUGAUGCGCCGACUUACAAUGAAAUCCAGACAGUGAUAGGGCAGAUUCAGGCUAAAUAUGAUUUGAGCGAGGAGAAAAUCACAUGUACAGUGGUUGAUGGUGUGCGCGAUUUUGUGCAGACAUAUCACAAUUUCAGCAUUAAAAGCAUGUGCAACGAUUACUACGAUGACGACUUCAAUUUUGCCAUUAGCUGUGCUCAACACUUACUAAACCAUAUUCCCAAACAACUCAAACGUGGGGAACAUAGUCUGCAUUUAUUGACGGUCUUUGAUUUCAAUAACAUUUUAAAAUCGCAUGAAAUGCUGCAAGAUGUGCUGAGACGUUGCUUAGAUAUUUUCAGGAAAUGCCGGGAUUUCGAGGUUGAUGAAAUUGCGGGAUGUUUAUUUGAUGGUCGAUUAGCACAGUCCGAUGUGCGCUGGCCAACAUGGUACAUAUCGUUAACACAAUUUCUAAAGCACAAGAAUAAACUAGACGAACUAUGCACUUCACUAAAUGCCUCAAAAUUUGCUCCACAUGAGAUUGAAUAUCUUGAAGAUUUAUGCAUGAUACUUAAACCAAUAACAGACGCUUUGGAGUUCUUGCAGCAAGACUCAUAUUUGUAUUUUGGUUACUUUCUGCCAACCCUAGUCACAAUCAAGGUAAAAUUGAAAAAAUUACACGAGUGCAGCCGCAUAAAACAUUUGCACAUAGUAGCUAGGCAAUUGAGCGAUGCUUUACUAAAUCGUUUUGGAAAAUAUUUUGAAAUGAAUUCAGAAUGCAACGAUGCUAUAAUUGCGGCUAUAGUUUGUCCUGCAGUUAAAAUGCGUUUUGUGGAAGCUUUGCGCGAGACGGCACCCCAUGUUAACACUGAGAUGCUAAUGGUGCUUUUUGUGGACUAUGCGCAAGACUUCUAUGAAAACAAUGAAAAGACGGAGAAUACCCAAGCAGAACGACCACCAUCAGUGGACUCAUUUCUCUGUUUUGAUCCGGAUGAUAACGAAGAUACACCAUCAAAGCACAGGCCUUCUGUCGCCAUACGCGAAGAGUUGACAAGCUAUUUGCAUGACGAGGACAAAACUUUGGCCUGCUUAAAUCGUUACCCGCUUGUGAAGAAAGUUUUCCACAAGUACAAUACUUUGCUGCCAACGUCACUUCCGUUGGAAAAUUUCUUUCAUACUUUCUUGAAUGUGUUCGAUGGGCAAAAAAGGGAGCAUCUAAACGAUGAGCAUAUGGAGCGUCUUGUUCUUACAAAGACAAAUAAAGUUUUAUAAAAGUUGUAUAAAAGUAAAGUUUAGAUAUAAAUAGAUUCAAGGCGCAUAUUUCUAACAUAAAUUUUGUUUAAUAUAGUACCCUUGUAUAGUAGAAUGUUCGACAUCGAAAAGCUGCAA